AUGACUGCUGAAGAUGAACUAGUUCACACAAUAAAACACUGCAUCUUGUUUAUUCAGCGAAAUGAAUAUGAGAAAGCUGAACAGUUACUUCAUGUGGCAUUGAGACAGGCUCAACAAAUUCAUCACGAACUUGGUAUAACUUAUGUUUAUGACGUAAUGGCGAAUUUGGCUCUUCAGAGGGAAGAAUUAGAUAAAGCUAAACAAUUAUUUAUUGCUGUUACACAAAGAAUUAUGGCAGAUGGUGCACUAGAAGACGAUCCUAGAGUUAUUCAUCUCAGUGUCAAAUUAGCAAGAGUUAGCCAUCUGAAGAAAGAUUAUUCUACAGCACAAUUGGGAUAUGACUGGUGUAUAGAGAAAUUACAUAAGUUGGUGGAGACAGACCCAUCGGAUGCGACACUAAAACUCCUAGCAAUGGCGGAAGAUUGGUAUGGCAGACUGUUUGUAGACCUCAACAGAUGUGAAGAAGGCUUAAAGUUAAUGAAGAGUUCCCUUGAUAGGAUGAAACUAAUGCCAGAUAUGGAGAAAGAAGAAAUAGUAUUUCAAUUAAAUGACAUUGGUACUGUAUGUGAUAGCCUUGGACUUGCUGAUGAUAGUAUAAAAUAUUUCAAGGAAGCUAUUGAAUUGGCAAAGUCAUCAAAGAUUGAAGAUGUAGGCACUAUGUAUGUUAAUUUAGGAAGAGCCUAUAUCAAAACACAACUAUUAGAUGCAGCAAGAAAGUCCUGUGGCUACGCUUGGAAGUUGGGAGUUAUGUCAAAAAAUCAAGAUGUAAAGGAAGAAGCGGAACUAUGUAUGAAACAAAUAAACAACCUUGUGUAG